GGCCUGCGGCUGAGCGUUUCGACCGCAAGUGGGAGGCACAACGAAAGGAAACCAGAGCGGACGAAAACAUUGUCGCCCGAUUGGAGCUUUUCUUUGGGUGUGUGAACAGUGGGCCAGUUGCCAACAAAAGCCCACCCCUUCGUUGGUGACGAAUAAACAAAAACUGAACAAUGGACCUGCUGCAACUGAACGACGAUUGCUUGGAUACUAUAUUUGGCUACUUAAGUCUAGAGGAGCUGGCACAGCUGUACAAUGAAAUUCCAUGUUUUUAUGGCGCCAUCGAGAGACAACUCCGCCGAUUCCGGGACUUGAGGUUCAGCAUGAGACAAGCGCCUGCUUUCCGGGAAGGUUUCCUCAUUAAGCUUGGUGGCCAGCUGCACAGUCUGCACAUCAUCGUGGGCUACUCCACCAAGGACGAAGAUGUCCUGCGGUACCUGAAGCCACUGUGCCAAGGGGCCUCUGAGAGCCGCAGGAUUAGGGCUCUGAAGUUGGACCAUGCCAAGUUGUCGGCGGAGAUAGUGGGAACUGUGGCCCAAGUGGUUCCAUCGCUGCUAUUUCUGGACAUGCGUCACUGCGAUGUGCGAGACUACCAGAUAGCACAGCUCUUGGAAUCGGCAGAUAAGCUGAAGGCACUCGCCGUACUCCACAUUGACAAUCAGACGGGUGAUUCCUAUCUGCAGCCCCAAGUACUCAACAGAUUGCCAUCUCUGAAGCUCAUCCACUUCAUAACCUUACGUUCCAUGGCCUUUUUCCCCGAGAAUCUGACCCUGCAGUGUCCGAGCCUGAGCUUCCUCAUCAGUGACCUGAUCAAAGGAGAUUUCAAGAUAUAUGGCCCGCCUGAUUACGUACAGAACUACUAUAGAAGGUAUAAUGGGUUUUUCCAGACCGCCUAAGUUCGAUUGGAGUAUUUAGAAACGAUCUCAGUGGAAUUGGAUUUCAAAUUCGAUAUGGACUUGUUCGUUUUGUAAAUAUGUUUGCCUUUCUUAUGCGAGAGAUUACAAAUGCAUUUAGUUCGUACACGCAAAGAAA